AUGGGGAUGGCGUUGUACCGGGCCCUCAGCAAGUCCUUGCUGCGCACCAUGGCCGCGGAGCGCGCCGUGGUGCCCUGGUACCACCAGGAGGUGACGCUCUCCCCUUUCGAGCAGUUUUGCAAGGCAAACAUCUACCCGGUCUGGUUCAAGUACGUGAAGGGACCCUAUGAGCGCUACCAGUACGAGCACAUGAUCGCCGAGCUCCGCGGCCUGGGGCUCAUGCAGGACGACCAGCUCAAUGACAAGGAGCCGGUGGUGGAGCGUGCCCUGGAGUUGCUGCCCCAUGACCUCGUCAUGGGACGCUACCGCCGCAUGAUGAGGGCCCAGGAGAUGAUGGCCAAGAAGCUGCACCUGCCACUGGAAGAGCAGAACUACGACCCCAUGAUCCCUUACAUGGCGCCUUUCAUUGAGGAGGCCAAGUUCCAGCUGCAGGAGGAGCAGGAGUUGCUGCAGUUCCAUCCUUGGGACCGGCGCCUCUUCGCGGGCUAUAACACCGGUUUGGGCGAGUCCACGCCCUACUCCACCUUCAUGCCAAGCGACAUGAGCUCGCUCGCUGGGAAUUCAAAGGCUGCCCAGGGACAAUGGCAGGUGCGAACGGUGAAGCGGGGAUGGGCCACUCUGGCGCCGGCGCUGCAGGGCGCGCUGACGCAGGCCAUGUGCCAGAUCCAGGACCGGGUGGAGAUCCUGGUGGACCCGAGCACAAGGUCUUGGGUCUCGGACGCCGAUCCUGCCGGGGCCCCGGCGCAGUCUCCACGGACCGUCCAGCUCCGUGCGGGCGCUGCGUUUUGA